CCUUCCUCUUCUCCUAUUCCUGAUCUCUUUCUCUUAUCAAUAUUUUCGCUUCUCUCUCUCUCUCCCUCUCUCUCUUAUUAUUAGUAUUAUAAAAAUUUGGCCAUCAUUUUCUGGUGUUUCAGUUUGGGUAGUUUUCUUCAUUCAUUCGUAAAGUUAGUCUCAAACCCCCGCCGCUUUUUCUUCACUUCUACGUUUUAUUUUAACAGGUGCUGUUUUACUUGGUCCCAGAAGCUUUAUAUCAUCAUCAUCAUCAUCAUGAUUCACCUGCUAUAAAUGCAUUGCAGUUCUUGGGAUGAGAAGUUUUCAGGGAGCUCGUUUUUAAUGGCCCACUGCUCACCUAGCAGCAGUGAUAAGAAAACAUUGAAGAGGUGGUUUUUCAUAGACAAAAGAGUUGGGUGAUCGAACUUAUUCUAGUACUGAUCGAAUCCAGAACAAACUAGUUAUAAUAUAUAGCUAAUUGGAAUUAAUUAACAACAUUUGGUAAUAUGGAGAUGAAAUCAAGCCAUUCUUCUCCUGUGCUGACUGACCCUGCACCAUCUUCUGUGAGCAACAAGUCAAGACUAGGCAUCCAUUCAAGCUUGUACCAUCAUCAUCAUCACCAGCACCACCACCAUCAGCAAGGAGCCUCAUUUUCCCCUCCAAAAUGCAUUUUGAUUCCGAGGAGGAUGCCCGCUAAGCUCGACGAUGUUAGCUCCAAUGGCUGGCUUGAUGCCAUGAAAUCCUCUUCUCCUCCGAGGAAGAAGUUCAUGAAGGAUUUCUCUUCAUCACUUGAUCAUCAUCUUCCUCAAGAUGACUUUGAUAGUGCUGAAUUCUCAUGGAUGCUUAAGUAUCCAUCUGCACUGAAAUGUUUUAGUCAAAUUGUGAAGCAAGCAGAGAACAAGAGAAUAGCAAUUUUUCUUGACUAUGAUGGGACUCUCUCUCCCAUAGUAGACGACCCUGACCGUGCAGUUAUGUCUAAUUCGAUGCGUUCUGCUGUGAAAAAUGUUGCAAAGUAUUUUCCCACUGCAAUCAUAACUGGAAGAAGCCGUGACAAGGUUUUUGAAUUAAUAGGACUAACAGAGCUCUAUUAUGCUGGUAGCCAUGGAAUGGACAUUAUGGGCCCUAACUGUGUCAAAUCCAAUGAUAAACAGGGUAAGGAGGUAAAGCUCUUCCAGCCUGCUAAAGAGUUUUUAUCUAUGAUCGAUGAGGUUUUUAGAACCCUGGUCGAAAAUACUAAAGGAAUCGAAGGUGCAAAAGUUGAAAAUCACAAGUUUUGUGCUUCUGUACAUUAUCGCAAUGUAGAUGAAACGAAUUGGCCUUUCAUUGCACAAUGUGUCCAUGAUAUACUAAAGGACUACCCUCGUUUACGAUUGACUCAUGGGCGAAGGGUUUUAGAAAUUCGCCCUGUGAUUGACUGGAACAAGGGAAAGGCUGUGGAAUUUUUGCUUGAAUCUCUUGGCAUAAAUAAUAGAGAUGAUGUGCUACCAAUCUUUCUAGGUGAUGAUAGGACCGAUGAAGAUGCAUUUAAGUUUUUAAGGGAGGAAAAUAGAGGUUAUGGAAUUCUGGUGUCCCCAGUACCCAAAGAGACCAAGGCAUUUUACUCCCUCAAAGACCCAUCUGAGGUCAUGCAGUUCCUCAAGUCCCUUGUGAGAUGGAAAGAGAAAGAAGAGGCCUAAUGUGAUUUUGAUUAUUCUGACAAUAUUUAUAUCUAUAAAUGUAGGCAAUUUGUUUAGCUUUGAAUUUUUCUACUUUUCAUUAUAAUAUCAAUAAUAAGCAAGCAGCUUCAUAAUCUGCCAAUUGUCUUCAUUGUUCUCAGCUAUUAGAUCUAAAUCAAUGAUGGAUUUUACCAUUGUAAUUAAAGUUUGUUCUUUUUCUUUUUCUACUUGUAAUCUAAUUAAUUAUGCUACUUUCAUUUAAUUGCCAUUUUGACUAAUAUAUAAAGAGCAAUGACUCCCUUUUCUAAUUA